UUGAUCUUGAUCUCUCUUCCUUACAAAUUUCAUCCAUGUAAAAGAGGGGGUGAGGAGGGUUUAUAGAUAGUAAUCAUAAUCAAAAGCCAAAGGAAGGAAACAACUCGUCAUACCAUCAUCAGUGAUAAAUGGGUUCUUCAGUGAGAGUAUUUGGAUCAGUUCUUCACAAAUUCUCCAAUGGGGUUUCCUCAAAAUGCCCUAUCUCAUCAUUUUCUCUCCAAAGAACGUGUUUAUUGGGUAAUUAUUUAACUUCUUCAUCUUCUUCUACAUGGGUUUCGUUUGAAUUGAAGCCUAAACAACACUCUGCAAGAAAGAUAAUGACAUUCUCUCCUGUCUGUAUGGGCAGGCGUUCUAGCAAAAUUGCUGGAAGAAAGGGUGCUCAAGAUGCUAAGAAAGCAAAGCGAUAUGGGAAGAUUGGAAAAGAAAUCGUAUCAGCAGUAAAAAAAGGUGGUCCGAAUCCUGUAUCAAAUACAAUUCUGGCUACCAUACUGGAGAAAGCUAAGGAACUUGAUGUACCAAAAGAUAUUUUAGAGCGCAAUAUUAAAAGGGCAUCUGAGAAGGGACAAGAGGCUUACAUAGAAAGAUUAUAUGAGGUAUAUGGUUACGGUGGAGUAGGAAUGGUAGUUGAGGUCUUAACUGAUAACGUAAACAGAUCGGUGGCAGCUGUACGGGCGGUGGUUAAGGAUUGUGGUGGAAAGAUGGCAGAUUCAGGUUCAAUCAUGUUUAAAUUUAGACGUGCACGUGUUGCGAAUGUAAAGGUUACAGAUGCUGAAAAAGAUCAGAUCCUUACGGUUGCAUUAGAUUCCGGUGCUGAGGAUGUUAUUGAACCCACAAUCCAUGAAGAUGACUCAGACGAUGAUGACUCGGAAAGGUACUAUAAGAUCAUAUGUCCAGCAGAGAACUAUACAGAUAUAGUGUCUAAGCUUCGGGAGGAAGGAAUAGCUUUUGAGUCAGAAAAUGAGAUGCUCCCUUUAACAACUAUCGAGAGAAUCGGAACCGAUGGAGGAAGUGGAAAACACCGUUUGCGAAUGGUGGCAUUUGGGAACCUGUACAAUGCUUUCAUGUGAUUGAAAUUCUUCAGCAACAGCAUUAUCUUUUGCAAAAGCUAAAAAAAAAGAAGGUUGUCUGUGAUAAAAUGGGAUUGCUAGUGGUGGCAUAGUUUUUAGGAGAAAUGGAAGAGUAAAGAUGUUGUCUGGGACUAGUUGGCUUUCUUGGCGGCUUAUUAUAAGUAGUUAUACGUAUUAUUGAUUUGCCAUUCUCUUCAAGUAAUGCAAUCAUAUUAUGGGUUCACCAUCAAUCUAUAAUCAAUAUCUUCAGAACUAUGAUGAUUAUAAUCCACCAGUGGUUGAUUUUUGUUCUUA